AUGUCGUUUCGGUUCUUUUCUGGAAAAGACUAUUUCUCCGCGCUCAAUCUAUCGACGAGUGCGGGCGACGACGAAAUUAAGAAAAGCUUCAGGCAGAGGCUGAAACAAUUUCAAAAUGCAUUACGCCCCGUAUUUUCUAAAGCAAUUGUAACAGCCCUUGUUUGGCAUUUUUCACGAGUCUAUCACCCUGAUCGAAACUCGGGGCAAGACAAUGGAACCUUCAUCAAAAUCAAUAAAGCGUACGAAACUUUGAGCAAUGCAAAGCUGCGCCAGAUCUGUCAAAUUCAUUUGGAGAACGAAGAGUUGGGCGAGUUUCUCGACAAUGUAGCGCAAGCAAAUGAUGCUGACCACACGCUGUUCGAUUCGCUCUCCGUUGACGAGCUUUUACGCCGCUUCGAUGAGUUCCGGUUUUAUAAGAAAACUGGAAAGCCGAGAGUAAGACUGGAAAAGACAAUUAUCCAUGUUGACCAGUCUACUGUGGAGCAGCAGUUUACCUAUGGGAAGAAAUUUAGUGGCUCCGCAAAAUGGGGAUUCUGCCGGGUUAAAGGCGCAAACUUUGGUUUUGACGAUGACUUUAUGUACAACAAUAAGAAAUUCUUCUAUGGCUUCGAUAUCGAACACAAAGGUUACAAAAGGAAAAACGAAAAGAACUUGUCUAUUUUUGGGAAUUUGUACGACUAUCACUUGUCCAUCUAUAAAAUGUCCGCUCAUUUUCAACAUCCAGUCGCGAGGAUCGAGCCUUUUGUCACGACGCAUGACUUCUUUACGCAAGACAUGAGGUCGAUCUUGGCAGACGAAGAUGACCUUGACACAUUUACUAGGAAUGUUAUCCUAAAUCCUGGAUGCAAAUUGAGAAUUCAUCAUAAUUACGUUUUCAAGAAAGACAUUUCUCUUGGCAUGGACGAGAUUAGACUGACUCGCACUCCAUCGAAGAUAAUCAUCAAAGCACCAGUAAAAAUGACAAUCAAGAAGUCGUCUGUUUCUUUUUGUCCCUUUUCGAAAGUUCUUGUUUUCGAAUACAAAUCAGACCAGGGAGGAUCUUUUCUUGGCAUGAGUCUUCAGCCUUUAGUGAGGAUAAGUGUGUCCGACUGGAUUGAAAUGUACCAGAAUCCUUCUUUCGAGAUGAUUUGGGAGUGCAUAAGUCCCGUGAUUUCUGUCAAGUUCAUCAGACAUGGAGUGAAAACUUCCCUCGACCAGAUCACCAUUACUGAUAUCAUCGACGCCAUUACUGUCAAAUCGCCCGAUGUCGAGAAUGCUGUCAAAUCCACGGAUGAAGCGGGAAACCCAGUCCUUCUUGCUCACAAUCGUCUAAUGUUAUCACUAAGCUACUUACUUCAAUCAAACCAAGUUAUCCUUUCAACGCCUAUUUCUAUCCCAAUUUCCUAUUAUUCAAUUACCAAGGUAGCUUUCACCGCUUGA